UAAAAUGCCAGGGAACACCAAGUUUGGCUUGCAAGAGGAGCAUAAUUUGGGAACUAAGAAAAGCCAUCAUUUGAUAGUUGCCAGCCUUGCCUUAGAGCUAAGUCUGUAUGAUAGGUGUAUGCUCUCGUUGCUGAGUAAAUAAUGAAUGAUUGCAGCUCCUGGCAUUUUUGCCUUUGCUGUGUAGCAGCAGUGAAGGGAAGGGGGGUGUUGGGAAAUCUACAUUCCUACCAUGGGUUAUAGGAUCUUUAUAGAAGACUGGAAUUCAUUUAACUCUCACUGUGUGCAAGGGAGUUUGCUUAGGCAACAUCUUUUUAACACAAGGUUGGCAGCCUCGCUGGUUUGUUUUAGAUAAUGGAAUCCUAUCCUACUAUGAUUCACAAGAUGAUGUUUGCAAAGGGAGCAAAGGAAGUAUAAAGAUGGCAGUCUGUGAAAUUAAAGUUCAUUCAGCAGACAACACAAGAAUGGAAUUAAUCAUUCCAGGAGAGCAGCAUUUCUACAUGAAGGCAGUAAAUGCAGCUGAAAGACAGAGGUGGCUGGUUGCCCUGGGGAGCUCCAAAGCAUGUUUGACUGAUACUAGGACUAAAAAAGAAAAAGAAAUAAGUGAAACCAGUGAAUCUCUGAAAACCAAAAUGUCUGAACUUCGCCUCUACUGUGACCUCCUAAUGCAACAGGUUCAUACAAUCCAGGAAUUUGUUCACCAUGAUGAGAGUCAUUCAUCUCCCAGUGUAGAGAACAUGAAUGAAGCCUCUUCUCUGCUCAGUGCCACAUGUAACACAUUCAUCACGACGCUUGAGGAAUGUGUGAAGAUAGCAAAUGCCAAGUUUAAGCCUGAGAUGUUUCAACUGCCCCAUCCGGAUCCUUUGGUUUCUCCUGUAUCACCUUCUCCUGUUCAAAUGAUGAAACGUUCUGUCAGUCACCCUGGUUCUUGCAGUUCAGAAAGGAGCAGCUACUCUAUAAAAGAACCAGUGUCUGCACUUCACCGACUCUCCCAGCGACGCCGAAGAACCUACUCAGAUACAGACUCUUGUAGUGAUAUUCCCCUUGAAGACCCAGACCGACCUGUUCACUGUUCAAGAAAUACACUUAAUGGAGAUUUGACAUCAGCAACCAUUCCUGAAGAAAGCAGAUUUAUGGCCAAAAAGAAAUCUGAAUUGGAAGAUCCUCUUCCAUCCUCUUCCUGAGGAAAUUGAAGUGUCCAACUUCCUCUAAGUAUUGCUAUGCAAAAGCUGCUGUAAUUAAACUUGUUAUAUGGGGUAGUUUUUCCCUUUACUUAGGAUUUCUUGCACUUUACAGAAUAUUGUAAAUCAGACAAACAAAAAAACAACUCACAUACUUUUGAAGUGUAUUUUAUCUUUAUAUAGUUUAUUUGCAAGAGUAUUUUCCUAAUAACUUCACAGUACGAUGUGCAUCUUUUUUCUUUUUUUUAAACAAAUGAUGGUGUAACAUUUUGACAUCCAUAAAGACAAAUGUAGAUAUUUUUCUAAAAAACUGUGAGGGACUGAUAGCUUGGUCAGUGUGUAUUGUAGUUUAUAAACAUGAAAUCUUACAAGGUUUCAGUUUGACAGAAGUGUGAUAUAUGUAACUUGUGCCAUGGACCAAAAGGUCACUUUACCCCUGCUUAAAGUGAGUUAUGAUAGCAGCUUGAUGGUGAUUGUAUUGUGUUCCUUUAAGCAAAAAGGAAAAACGUAAUAUUCUAAAUAUCUUUAGCCCAAAUUGAGCAUUUUUCAAAACAGAUUCUGCUGUCCUUCAUAUAUGAAGUCGACACUACUGAUUUGUUGAUACCAAAUGUUGGGUUAAAGUUCGAGUAUUUAAUUUUUUAUUUAUUUAUUAUCUUGUUGCAUCAAAAGAUGAUUGCGUUCUAACUUUUGUUACCUACCAAAUUUAAGAUGUGUAUGCACUGUUAUUUACAUUGUUCUACAAAAGAGGUUAAUGUUGUAGUGACCUUGCUCACUCAAACCAGGAAAUAAAUGGCUUUCAAUGGAAGAAGAUUUUAGUGCUUUUAUUUUCCUUAAAAUAGACAUUAAGCUGCUGUUGUAAGGCAUUGUUUGCAGCUCUUUAGAAUAUUUAGAGACAAUUUUUUAUUUAUGAAUAUUUAUACAAAGAAGGAAUUCUGUCAAGGUGACUGUUACAUAUCACUUGAAAAUGACAUUAUUUAGUUAAAGAGCAAAUAGCAUUUUUUGGUAGUGCCUGUCCAUCUCUAUUGUCAGUGUUUACCUUGUAAUCUGUUUUUUAAAAACUUUACUUUGGGGUGAUGGUUUUGUCUAAGGUUCUGGAUGAGCAGCACUUUAAAACAAAUUGGCUUGGUGUUUUUAAGUUAAUCAUGUUUAAUAAAUACGUGUUUUUUGCAUUUGAA